AAGAAGCACAUUUGUUGUUUCAAACUGGACACUUUCCUAGCUUCAUGCCCCUUGUGUAUGAAAAGAUGAGAAUCUUCAUGUUCUGCCGGCUACGUCAUGGUUUCCUUUCUAAGAAAAAGGAGUCAAUCCAUUGGGUGAUUUCACUUGUGGUUUUGGCAUUCAUGACCAUCCUCGGGGUCCUGCUGGCUGUUGCUGUGCUGGAAAGACCCCGGGCUUCCCAAAAUGAUCAUCCCUCUAUCGACCAGUGCCGCAUGGCUGUAGUGGAGAGUAUUCCUCAAAAUGUGCAAUACAAAGCCAACGAAACAUUUGGGAUCCCUUUGGAGAAAGCUUGGAAGGAGCUUCUCUCCAUGGCAACGGAAAACCUCGAAGUCGUCUCCUUUUACUGGACACUGACUGGGGAGGACAUCAAUGUCAACUCUUCCUCUGAUAGACCUGGGCGGGAAAUCUUCGAGCAGCUGCAAUCGCUUCCCUCUAGGAACAUCUCAGUGCAAGUGGUGACCAGCCAGCCUUCCCUCAAAACAAAUUCCACUGAUUUAAAAAUCCUCAGACAGAAAGGAAUUCACGUACGAAAGGUGGAUUUUGGACGCCUGACAAAUGGUGUGCUUCACUCCAAGUUUUGGAUAGUGGACAGCCGGCAUGUUUUUAUAGGUAGCGCCAACAUGGACUGGAGGGCUCUGACACAGGUGAAGGAAUUGGGCAUUGUUAUCUACAACUGCUCCAGUCUUGCGACAGACCUUCAUAAGAUCUUCCUGUCUUACUGGGUGAUGGGAGAGUCCAACAGCUCCCUCCCUGAAAAGUGGCCUCCCACCUUUGACACGGCCAUCAAUAAAGCGCAUCCCCUGUUGGUGAAGGAGGAUAACCUAACCAGCAGACUCUACAUUGCUGGCUCUCCACCAUUAUUCUGUCCUGAAUCACGGACUGAGGACUUGGACGCCAUUGUUUCUAUCAUCUCAGAAGCACAACACUUCAUAGACGUAGCUGUCAUGGAUUAUUCCCCCAGUAUACGCUUUCAGCGCCCAAAAAGAUACUGGCCCAUUAUUGAUAAUGCAAUCAGGUCUGCGGCGUACGAUAACAGGGUUGCGAUCCGCAUGCUUGUCAGCUGCUGGAAAAACACCCAUUCAACCAUGCUACCCUUCCUUCAGUCCCUCGCUUCCCUGGACAGCUUUAAGGAUCACAUUAACAUUCAAAUAAAGUUAUACAUUUUACCUGCUGGAAACGAGACAAACGACAUUCCCUUUAGUCGAGUCAACCACAACAAAUACAUGGUUACUGACAAAGUGGCCUACAUCGGCACGUCCAACUGGGACGGGGACUAUUUUCUGAACACAGCUGGAGUAGGUCUAGUGAUUUCCCAGAAUGCGCCUUACCCAAUAUGGAAGAGCAAGGCUGUACAACACCAGCUCCAUGCUGUGUUCAACAGGGACUGGUACUCUGAAUUUGCCGUAAAGCUCUCUGACCUGAGAAACCACCCAGGCUGUGCACUGUCACCGUAAGAGAAGAAAAAGGCUCGAUAUGUGUAUGUCAUUAACUCAAUAUUUACAUCAACAGCGUAGAGUUUUUCAGUGCAUUAUUUCCCCAUUACUUUCUUUAUAAACAAUCCUACUAUAUGUUUUGCAUUGUUUUCUUACUUGUCUGUGUCCAUGCCUAAAAUAAACAAUUCCAGACCAUAUUGCGACAUUGUAUGGAAAUGUCUUAUUAAAAAAAUAAGUUGUCUUGGUGAGUUUUAUUUUGCUAUGUGCUUCAAGAUUGAAUAAUUGCACUGGGCAACAGUUUGAAAAAACAUGUACACUGCUGGCCAAAGUAUUGACACCCCUGCAAUUCUGUCGGAUAAUCAAUUUCUCCCAGAAAAUGAUUGCAACUGCAAAUGCACAUAACACGUGGUUGCAAUAACUAAAUCACACUUGCAGCCAGUUAAAAUGGAUUAAAGUUGACUCAACCUGUCCUGCGUCCUUGUGUGUACCACAUUGAGCAUGGAGAAAAGAAAGAAGACCAAGAACUGUCUGAGGACUUGAGAAGCAAAACUGUGAGGAAGCAUGGGCAAACUUAAGGCUACAAGUCUAUCUCCAAAGAUCUGAAUGUUCCUGUGUCUAUCGUCCGCAGUGUCAUCAAUAAGUGUAAAGCCCAUUGCACUGUCGCUAACCUCCCUAGAUGUGGACGGAAAAGAAAAAUUGACAGAUUUCAACGAAGGAUUGUGCGGAUGGUGGAUAAAGAACCUCGACUAACAUUCAAACAAGUUCAAGCUGUCCUGCAGUCCGAGGGUACACCAGUGUCAACCCAUAUUAUCCUUUGGCAUCUGAAUGAAAAGCGACUCUAUGGUAGGAUACCCAGGGAGACCCCACUUCUGACCCAGAGACAUAAAGAAGCCAGGCUGGAGUUUGCCAACACGUACCUGAGAAAGCGUAAAACGUUUUGGAAGAAUGUUCUCUGGUCAGAUGAGACAAAAGUAGAGCUUUUGGGGAAAAGGCAUCAAC